CUUGCUGCGGGGUGGGGCGAGGGGAGAGCCCAGACUCACCCUCGGGGCUGCGGGGCUGCGGGGCGCAGGUGGCAGCCUAUGCCGGCGGGUGGGGGCCGGGGCCCGCCUCUGGGCGCAGAUCAGACGCGGGCGAGCUCGCGGGCGGCCGGGCCGGCGGGAAGGGGCCGGGCGCCCAGGCCGGAGUCAGAAGGGCGGCCGGUGGGGGCGGGGGAGCGGCCGGAGGGGCCCGCGGCGUGUCCGCGCCCCCGGCCCCCCGGCCCCCGGCCCCCGACCCCGGCGCGCGGGGCGGCCUGGCCCUUUAAGCGUCCAGACGGCGGCCCCAGCUGACGUGCGGGCUCCAAUCGGCGCCCCGCGCCCCCCGCCCGCUCCCGCCCGCCCGCGGCUCGGGGCGCAGCUGCUGGGCGGCCGACUCCCGCGGCCCUGCUCCGCCCGGCCGGCCGCGCCCCCGGGGCCAUGGUGGCGGGGCCCUGCGCGGCGCUUCAUGGAGCGGCCCCGGCCCGGCCGCCGGGGGCAGCGCGAUCCCGCGGGGCCCUGUGAGCCCCCAGCGCCGCGGCACCAUGUUGCUGGUUGAGAAGACCACCGACACUCCGGCGGCCGAGUUCUCGCUGGUGGAGGACGUAGCACUGCACUUCGCCUGCUUGAUGGGCCGCCUGAAUGAGCAGCGCCUCUUCCAGCCUGACCUCUGCGACGUGGACCUGGUGCUGGUGCCCCAGCGCAGCGUCUUCCCAGCACACAAAGGGGUGCUGGCCGCCUACAGCCAGUUCUUCCACUCGCUCUUCACCCAGAACAAGCAGCUGCAGCGUGUGGAGCUCUCACUGGAGGCGCUGGCCCCCAGCGGCCUGCAGCAGAUCCUCAACUUCAUCUACACGUCCAAGCUGCUGGUCAACUCAGCCAACGUCCACGAGGUGCUGAGUGCUGCCUCGCUCCUGCAGAUGGCUGACAUCGCCGCAUCCUGCCAGGAGCUGCUGGACGCCCGCUCCCUGGGGCCACCGGGGCCCGGCACCGUGGCCCUGACCCAGCCGACCGCAGGCUGCACCCCACCCUACUACUGUGACAUCAAGCAGGAGGCUGACGCUCCGGGCCUGCCCAAGAUCUUCGCUCGAGAGGGCCCUGACCCCUACUCGGUGCGUGUAGAGGACGGUGGCACCGUGCCUGCUGCCGCUGGGCCAGCCCAGCCUUUCUUCAAAGAGGAGAAGGAGGGCGGCGUGGACGAGGCUGAGGCUGGUGGGGCCCCGGCCAGCUUGUGCAAGCUGGAGGGCGGGGAGGGGUUGGGGGAAGAGCUUGGGGGUUCUGGCACAUACAGCCGCCGGGAGCAGUCCCAGAUCAUCGUGGAGGUGAACCUCAACAACCAGACACUUCACGUGUCCACGGGCCCCGAGGGGAAGCCGGGGGCUGCUGCCAACCCAGCCACCGUGGUGCUGGGCAGGGAGGACGGGCUGCAGAGACACUCGGAGGAGGAGGAAGAGGAGGAGGAAGAGGAGGAAGAAGAGGAGGAGGGGGGUGGCAGUGGAGGGGAAGAGGAGGAAGAAGAGGAGGAGGGUGGUGGUAGUGGAGGGGAAGAGGAGGAGGAAGAGGAGGAGGAGGGGGGUGGCAGUGGGGAGGAAGAAGAGGAGGAAAGUCACAGUGAGCAGGGUCAAGAGAGCGAGGGGGAGGGGGAGGCGGGGGCCCAGCAGGGGCCAGCAGGACCCGGGGGGAGCCGGAGCGGCCUGUCGGACCCCCCUCCCCACAGUCGAAUGGCCACGAGGUCCGGGGAGAACGCCCAGCGCCCGGGUCCCCCAGAGCCGGAGGAGAGUGGGCGUCGGGGCGGGAAGCGGCCAAAGGCGGCUCCCGGGGUGGCCGCUGCACCUGCUCGGGGGCCGCAGGCCGCUGACGGACUAGGGCCCAAGGUGAAGCUGGAGGAGAAGCAGCACCACCCGUGCCAGAAGUGCCCUCGAGUGUUCAACAACCGCUGGUACCUGGAGAAACACAUGAACGUGACCCACAGCCGCAUGCAGAUCUGCGACCAGUGUGGCAAGCGCUUCCUGCUGGAAAGCGAGCUGCUGCUGCACCGGCAGACGGACUGCGAACGCAACAUCCAGUGUGUCACAUGUGGCAAAGCUUUUAAGAAGCUCUGGUCCCUCCACGAACACAACAAGAUCGUGCACGGCUAUGCAGAGAAGAAGUUCUCAUGUGAGAUCUGUGAAAAGAAGUUCUACACCAUGGCUCACGUGCGCAAGCAUAUGGUUGCCCAUACCAAGGACAUGCCCUUCACCUGUGAGACCUGUGGGAAGUCCUUCAAGCGCAGCAUGUCUCUCAAGGUGCACUCGCUGCAGCACUCUGGCGAGAAGCCCUUCAGAUGUGAGAACUGCAACGAGCGCUUCCAGUACAAGUACCAGCUGCGGUCACACAUGAGCAUCCACAUUGGCCACAAACAGUUCAUGUGCCAGUGGUGCGGCAAGGACUUCAACAUGAAGCAGUACUUCGACGAGCACAUGAAAACUCACACAGGGGAGAAGCCGUACAUCUGCGAGAUCUGCGGCAAGAGCUUCACCAGCCGGCCCAACAUGAAGCGGCACCGACGCACGCACACCGGCGAGAAGCCCUACCCCUGCGACGUGUGCGGCCAGCGCUUCCGCUUCUCCAACAUGCUCAAGGCGCACAAGGAGAAGUGCUUCCGCGUCAGCCUCCCGCUGGACGGCCCGGCCCCCGCCGCCCCUGCCGCCGCCCUGCCCCUGCUUCCCGGCCCGGCGCCCGCCCCCGCCCCCGCCCCGCCGCCGCACCUGCCGCCGCCGCCCCCGCUCUUCCCCGCGGGCGGGAGGCUGGGCGCAGACCACUAGCCUCGCCGGCGCCCCGGGGCGCCCCCUGCCGGAGGCUGCGAGGACCGCGGGCACCCGGGGGGCGCCGCCUCGCGCCCAAGUGCCCCUCUCACUCCGUGGAGUCUUUCCUUCUCUCUUUCUGUUUUUAUUUCUGAAGCGGAGGGAAAGAGCCCGGGCAGUGGCCCCUGCAGGCGAGGGUGUCACGGCGACAGAGGGAAGGGUCGGGCCGGGUCGCCCGGGCUGGGUCGGCGGGAGGCUGGGCACCGGGCGGAGGCGGGACCGGCACGCAGCUGGGUGCAGCGGCGGGUGCGGGCUGCAGGGCCUGGACCCCCGGGAUGGGCUGGACCCCGGGAUGGGCUGGACCCCCGGGAUGGGCUGGACCCCCGGGAUGGGUCGUCUCUGUUUUUGGGCACCUGCCGGCAGGCGCUCCUGCGCCCAGGAUGGCUCUGCACCGCGGGCCUCCGGGUGGGCAGCCGGGCUGGCUCCUGUUGCACCGGUCCUGGGGGGCCACAGGGAGGAGGCCCUGGACGGGGUGGGCCAAGGAACAGCACUCCGGGAGGCGGCUUUGGGCAAAGGGUCUAAGGCUCAAGGUGCUAUCGGUGGGGCAGGGGGUGAGGAUGCCUUGCCCACCCCUCACCAGCUGCCCUGGCUGUGUCUCCACACCCGAGGGAGGUGUGUGUGUGUCUGUCUGUCCUCACUCCCCGCGGACAGUGCCAGGCCUCUCUCCCUUUGACUCGGUUGUUGGGCCCGGCCUUGGGGUCCGUCGUGGGCCCCUGUGCUAGGUGAGGUGCUGGGGUACCUGGAGCACAGCCUGUUUGGGGCUUUGCAGCUGGCCAUGGGAGGGUCCCUGGGGACUCCAGCCUGUGCCCAAGGCUCGAGCCCAUAGGACCAAUACUAACAGAAUACCCCUUUUUUUGUUGUCAUUUAACAUCUUUAUGCCUGCCUUUAAAAUGGGCAGGGAGGAUCCAUAAGCUACAUGUUUCCUAGUUAAGCUCUUUCCCAUUGUGUUUAUAUGGUUUUGUUUGUUAUACUCUCUGCACCUUAAACCCCCCCCCACGACUACCCCUGCACCACCACCCUUCACAGCAUGGCUGGAGUGGGGAGAGGCCUGAGCCCAAGGAGGGGCAGUGUGGAGGGGGCACUGGACCCCAUCAAGGGCGCCAGAAGCCCCUCUCUGACUUCCCUGUGAGGCCUGUGGCACUGGGGCAGGGGACUGGGAACAUUUUAAUCAUCAAUAAACGAAGCACUUUAUUCUGUACAGACGUGGGCAGGCCCAAGGAGCCUGAGUGAUUUGAGGAUUCAUAAUCCACGCCACACAGCCUUGCCUGUUUUCUGGGCUCAGGGGACAGUGCCCUGGCCUGGUUCGGUCUGGGGCUGCAGAGAGUAGGUACAAGUACAGACUCUCAGGUGCCCCUGCAGUUCUGGGGUGAGGGGGAAGAAGGUGGGCUUCUCCAGAGAGAGGAAGACUCCCCGCUUCCACACUCCCUCACCCCACCGCUGGGGGCCAGACCCUUGGCAUUAGUUCAGCCAUCCCCCUCGCCCCAGACACCUGCUUUACUGUAGCUGUCUCCCUCUCCCUUCAUCUCUGGGCUUCCAUGAUGUCCUCAGGGUCCCCUUCCCCAGUCUCCCCUGCAUUGCUAUUUCUAACCUCUGGUUCUAGUGCCUGGCAGCUCCUCAAAGCUGGCUCACAGUUUUCGAAAAAAAAAAAAAUUAAAGUUGGUCUCCCUCCCCCCCCCCCCCAGCAGGCUAUAGAACAGGACUUCAGUGGGUUCCUCAACCCGUCACUCACCAGACCCUGCCGUGGAGGCUGGCAGCCUAGGCACCUACUAAACCCACUGCAGCCUUAGUGCGCCUGGGGGCUUUCCUUCCGGUGUGUUGGGCGAUCCUCGUUGAGCAGAGGCCAAAAGUGGGUGUAGGGGAGCUGACAGCAAAGCCCCACCCCAGGGUUUGGGUUCCUGUGUGCCUUCCCCACUAAGGGUAGGAGAGGGUCCCGGAGGCAGGCUGGACUCUGGUCAAAGUGGUUAUUGUAGCUGUAGGCUUGGGCAGCCCCCUCCCGGGCCAGUCCCAGUGGAAACAGAGCUCUGUGUCCUGGUGCUAAGAGCUCCUUUUGCUCUGGGCCAGUGUGGUGGGGGCUCCCUCCUGGCCAGGCCACGUGGGUCUGAAGCAAUAACGAACCUCUGCAGUGCCAGUAUGGAGAGGUUUUCCGUUUUCUUUUUUCUUUUUUUUUUUUUAAAGCAAAUUAACAAGCACCUGGGUAUUGGAGUUGGGGGAGCUGGGGCAUCCCACCCUCUUCACAGGGUUGGUAGGGAAGGGGCUCGGGAUCACCGUGUGGGAGAUUUCUCUGUCCAGCUGAACUCAGCACAACUGGUCCAGAAUUUGGGUUUGGCUUCUUAGCUGCUCCUGGGCAGUCUGGUCUUGAGACAGCCGGGGGGAGUGCACCUCAAGACCCAUGACCAUAGUCAGAGCCGCAGCCUCCAGCCCUGGCAUGUGCAGCUACUGUGGCCUUCACAGGGGGCUCAGAAGGCCUGUGCCCAGGCACGUGGACCCAUUGAUGUCUGGUCAUAUGUAGCCCCGAGUGCAUGGGGACAGCAGGAGGGAGGAGAUGAGAGUGAAGGAAUAAAGUCAGUACAACUGUCCCAUG